UUCAUUCAUGUUUUGUUUGUUUUCGUCUUGUCGCAAGCUGCUAUCAUUGCAAAAUUUACGUAAAUUAUGUCCUUCCCCCUUUGAUUGUUUUGAAAACUAUUUCUGACGAUAGCAGCUAUUUAUUUACGUCUAUCAAUACUCAUCAACAAAAAUGGAAUUAAAAUUGAGUUUGUUCGGCAUACUACUCCUUGCGUAUCAAAUUCUUUGUUAUAAACCUGUCGUUUUGAUACAUGGCAUCAUGACGGGAAGUGGAAGUAUGGAAAUGAUAUCACACAGGAUUCAAGAGAAACAUCCCGGUACAAUAGUGUACAACGUGAACCGGUUCGAAAGCUGGUCCAGUUUGGAGACGAUGUGGCAUCAAGUGCUUGAGAUUGGUCUAGACGUGGCCAACAUUUCGUCCAGACACCCUGAAGGGAUUAAUCUUAUUGGGUAUUCCCAGGGUGGCUUGAUAGCGCGAGGCAUAGUACAAACUUUCUCAAAUGUGUCUGUUGACACAUUUAUAUCGUUGAGCUCACCUCAAGCUGGACAAUAUGGAGCUGGAUUCCUCCACCUAGUUUUCCCCGGCCUAGUCAAGGACACGGUAUGGGAGCUGUUCUAUUCCCGGGUGGGUCAGCACACGUCUGUAGGCAACUAUUGGAACGAUCCCUACCACCAGGAGCUGUACGAGACGUAUAGUGUGUUCCUGCCGUAUAUUAACAAUCAUAUCAAGUCUGCAAAAACAGAUGAUUUCAAGAACAAUCUCCUAAGACUGAAGAGGUUGGUCCUCAUCGGAGGUCCCGAUGAUAACGUCAUCACUCCGUGGCAAAGCAGCCAAUUCGGCUACUACGACGCGAACGAAACUGUGAUAGAGAUGCGAGGGCAAGACAUUUACAAGGAAGACCGUAUAGGGCUUCGGGCACUGGACGCUAGCGGUCGUCUCCAUAUUGUGACGACACCUGGCGUCAACCACUUCAGCUGGCAUAUGAACGUCACCGUCGUCGACGACUGCCUACUGCCUUACCUAGACUGAGAAGGAAAAAAAGUAGGUAAAAAUAAAAUAUAAUAGGAAAUAUUAUAACUAUACGGGCUUUUGCAAGGAAAAUAUAUUUGAAAACAAAAUUAUUGGGCAGAAUUUAAGAAAAAUACAAUAAUUUGAAACCAAUUGUCGCAGUGAUAUAAUAAAAUAUAACUUUUUUGACACCCCAAAAAGGCAAUAAAAAUGACAACCUGAGAGAGAUUUUUUUUUAAUCCUCUCAAAAAACCAACUAAAAUAUAUUAUUUUUUUCUAAACUAUGUAAUUACAUUGAAUUUAAGGUUUUUGUGCUAUGAUCUGAAAUAAUAGACAAAUGUAUUCUUCGAAUUUUUUACUUUUUGUAAUUACUUUCACUGUCCUUUUAUUUUUAAACAGGUUUUCUUAGUAAAAUUUUGUUUUAAGUAGCAGAAUUUAUUUAUUAGCUAUGUUUAUUUUGUGUUUAGUCCAUUAAUACUUUAAUUUUGUGAUGGCUGACCCAAAUAAUAAUUAAGGAAAUUGUAGAAAUAAUUAGUAAAAAUAUAAGUGUGUGAUUUUUAGUAUUAGUGAUUUCCAGUUUUUAUGAUGUGACCGCAUUUAAAGUUUGGCUUAAAUAAUAAUAAAACCAGUUCAAAACAGUGAUAAUAAUUUAUAAUCAAUGAUAAGAUAUCCUCAUUUAAAUAAGUAGCUAUAAUUUUUAUAAUGAUGCCUUUUGUAUUCGCUUAAGAAUAAUAAAAUGCUCAAAAUGUAGAAAUAAAAAA